CACGUCCGUACGCCGCGCUACAUCCAACCCACGAUCUCUAACACGAUCGCACAAAAGCGAACCACGAUAUCAUCGCGAACUCUUCAUUCCUAUGUUAUUUAUGUGCCUCCUUUAGUGUUUUCGUUUAUCCGCAUUUGUGUUCUGUGUGUUUUGUUUUAUUUUAAGGUUUGCGUACCGGACGCAACUAUUGUGAUACAAUGUCCAUUCAAUGCCCGUUAACGCAGUGAAGAUGCCUCUAAUAAACCAUAACUCCAUUUCAUGAGGGUAAAUUGAGCAGCAUGAUUUUAAAGAUAGGAGGGAAGCCUCCAGCAAAAGCACCGACACCGGCUAAGGUGGAGAAGGAAGUGAAAAAGACGAAAUGCGAUGACAAAUGUCCAGGGGAUCCUUGGAUGUACUGUGUGGUGUUAUGGUGUGCGUGUGCCAUGAGCCUGAUAUCGAGCGGGUACAGCCUGUACAAGCAGCAAGGUCUGCAGGAGAGGUUGGGGGUGCUGGAGGAGCAGCAUUUCGCGCUGCGGAGUGCGGUGCUGGAGCCGCAGCAGCCGCUGGUGGAGAGGCUGCGGAGGGAGGUCCUGGCGCGCCCGCCGCCUAACUGGAGGGCGAGGAGGAGCAUCAGGGAUUAUGGACAGUGUGGAUGCCCAGCAGGACCACCAGGGCCGCCUGGCAAGAGAGGAAAGAAGGGCAAGAAGGGUGACACUGGCGAAGCAGGGCCGCCGGGUGUAACGGGAGCGCCUGGGAAGAAUGGAUUCCCGGGGAGCAAGGGCGAGAAGGGAGAACGAGGCUUCAUGGGUCCCAUUGGGCUGGACGGGCCAAAAGGAGACCCGGGGCGGCCUGGGGACAAAGGACACAAGGGCGAGCACGGCAGCCCUGGCUUCGACGUCUUCUCUGCCAUUAAGGGAGUGAAGCGCUCCGUCGACAACUAUAAGAUCAGUCCGUACACCACUGCGGAGAUCAUAGCUGUUAAGGGGCUGCAAGCGGCCGGGCACAACGUCUCCGCCAACACCAUCAUACAGCUCAAGGGUGAACCUGGGGAGCCUGGACCUCCGGGCCCACCAGGCGGAGCGGGACCAGAGGGCCUGCCGGGCCAUGACGGGCGCGCGGGGCCUGCGGGGCCUGCUGGGGCCCCAGGCGCGCCGGGCCCCAUCGGGCCCGCUGGGCCCGCCGGACCACCGGGACCAAGCGGACCACAGGGACCUAAGGGAGACAGAGGGGACAAAGGAGAGCGUGGUUUCACGACAACGUUGAAAGGCGACGCUUUUCCCACCGGCAUCAUCGAGGGUCCUCCCGGCCCGCCUGGCCCGCCUGGGAAAAGCGGCGAAGCAGGUCCACGUGGCCCGCCUGGACUUGAUGGGCUCAACGGCGAGCCAGGCGUGCAGGGUCCUCCAGGGAAACCAGGAGAGAUCGGUCCAAAAGGCGAAAAGGGCGAUUAUGGAGAUAUGGGCUCGCCGGGUAUGCUGGGCGCACCUGGGUUGCCCGGACCUCCCGGAUAUCCAGGCCUCAAGGGCGAGAAAGGAGACAAGGGAGACUCGAAGUACAGAAAGCUGAGGAGGCGGCAGAACUUGCAGGGAGACGGCACCGGAUACGAGCUGUACGGACAUGAAAUUAUGAUGGGCCCCCCGGGCGCGCCGGGGCCCGCGGGGCUGCCCGGCGUGGCGGGCCCGCCCGGCAUCAAGGGCGACAAGGGCGAGCCGGGCGUGCGAGGCAAGACUGGAGAUAGAGGAGAAAAAGGUGACGCGGGACCGAUGGGAUUACCUGGCCCAGUAGGUCUACCAGGCGAGCCAGGCGAGCCAGGCCGGCCAGGCGAUUUAGGCACUAGAGGCCCGCCUGGACUCGACGGCAUGAAGGGCGCGCAGGGCGAGCCAGGCAGCAAGGGAGAACGCGGUGACCCCGGGCUCCCGGGCACGGAUGGCAUUCCAGGACAAGAGGGCCCGAAGGGCGACAAAGGAUAUAAAGGAGAACCCGGUCCGGCAGGGAAGCGCGGGCGCAAGGGUGACAAAGGUGAUAAAGGCGAGCAAGGUGUACCAGGACUUGAUGCGCCGUGCCCACUCGGGCCCGAUGGCCUACCGUUACCAGGAUGUGGAUGGCGACCCGCCAAGGAAUCCGCGGCAGCGCUACCCCGGGAGCCUAGCGAGGACGGCGCGGGAGGGGGAGGGCCGGGGGGAGUGGGGGAAGAGUCGGAGGAAGACCCGGGCGAAGAGUACGAUGCACGGGAGGACGAACUUGAUGCGCCCCGCGAUUACGACGACUACACUGACAAUGCGCACCUUCCCCAACACCAUGACUGAACCUUACCUUAACCAUUCCCUCUAACACCCGAUUCCAUCUUGGACUCAAUCGAUCUCCUGCUGUCUAAAUAGUUGCAUUGGGCGUACAAUACCUACCUACCUAUAUAAUUUACUUAUAGUAUACCUAUACUUUUCUUUCCUCAUAUCAUCUUCCGCUGUUACUUUAUUCAGAACACUAAUAUUCGUGAUUCUCGGAAGUUGUGGGUGUAUAUAUUCUUCGAACUGAGCGCACAUGAUUAUCUGCGGAUUAUUAACAGUGUAAUAAAUUGGAUUCGAUUCUAUGACUGGACUAUUUAUUACUGAUAAUGUGAGCGAAUAAAUGUACGCAUUUCAAUAACAUGCAUACAAAUUUGCCUAAGAUAGCUUCUCCUUCGCAUUUCCGCUUUUAAAUGAGAUAUUAAAAAGUGAUGAACGUAUUGGUGUCACCUUGAGAUACGAUGUGCGUUUGGGGAAAUCCAUAACGGAAUCGCGGAUAUCAUUUUUAUUAAUUUAAAAGCCCUUCGUCGUUGGACGUUUAUUCACAGCUUUCACAUUAGAAAUUAGUAAAUUUUCUUUUGCCAUAGUUUUUUUUAAUAAAGCAGAUGGUUUAGAAAAACUAUUGUACGUUUUGCAUAUUCUGCUUGUUAUGUUGCAUUAUAACAUGUAGUACUAUGCAUGCCAUGCUAAAUAUACUCCAUAUAUCUACGUAAUAUAUGGAAUAAUUUAGCAUAAAGGAAUAUUGUUAUUCGAAGUAAUUCCAACGCGAGCGAGGACUGAUAUAGGUCGAGGACAACAUUGUUAUCAUGCCUUUACUGUUAUUUGAACCUAGAGCGAUCGGUUUUGCACCCACAUUGCCAGACCAGACACCAAAUAAGGUACCUACCUAAUAUAAUUAAGUUUAUUUUGCGUUAGUUGGCUAUGUAUGCGCGACGAAAUGAAAUCCGUAGAUAAUCAGUGUAAAACGCAAACCUGGAAAAAUAUGAAAUAUAAAUGUUUAUGAAAAUUAAAGUAGGUACGCCUGACGAGCGUAGGAGAUUAGCCCACCG